AUGAAGACCACGAGAUAUGCCAAUUCCCGGCAGAAAGCUUGCCAACAAUGCUCAGCAGCAAAGGCAAAAUGCGACCGGAAACCGACAGGUUGUUCCAGAUGCAGUCAGCGCAACAUCUCAUGUGUAUACCCUCAAGUCGCUCAUUCAAGAAGCCAGACCCCAAGCCAGAGUGAAGCAAAUCCUCAGAGUCCCGAGUCUCUACCAGAUAUGCUCACUCUCAGCUCGGGUAGUAGAUUGUCUACGCAUGGAGGUGACGAGUGGGCUCACGCCAUAUCCAGAGCCCAACCGAUGAGCGAACGUGAGUAUGUGAACGUGAAUACAAAUACUGCUCCGGUUCCUGUGGAGCACCGUCUCAAUCAAACACCUGCAACGUCAGAAGAUGCUGGACUUGACUUUUCAAACCUUGAUCUAUUUUGUCCUAUCAAUGUUGACGAGAUCACAACUCGCUGGAUGAACCCCUAUAUCCCGGUACCUGGACAACAUAUCAAGCAAUAUCCGGCUGGCGUCAGUGCUUUCAUUUUUCGCACGCUAAAGUCAUACACAGCCAUUGCAGCUCGUGGUCGGAGGAUACUGCCGUUCAUCCACCACACCCAAAUAUCUGGAUCACCGGUAGGAUCGCCACUGACUACAUGUUUAAGCUUGAUUCGCAUAUGCGAAACUUCUUUACCGGGAAGUGAAGCUACUGCCAUGAUGAUGAUUCAACGCGAGAUGCAAAAUAUUAUUGAAUCCUCAACUGGCUACGAUGAUCUUUGCCUUUUGGGUGCAUUUCAAGCAUAUCUAAUUUACUGCCUAGUCCUGUUUUUCAGGCUUGAUCCAGGCACGACGACUCACCUGCGACCAGCAAUGAUGAGCCUGCAAACCCUUGCUCAUCUUUCGUCCAAGCAAGGACUCAUCUGUAUGGCUGAUCAGCAACGUACACGUCCAAGAUGGGAAGAGUGGAUCGUGACAGACAUCAAACGGCGAACGUUAUAUGUGAUGUAUCUUUUUGACAGCGUUCUGUCUGCGCAAGAAGAUGUUCCUACAUUCUUAGGAACAGAGCUAUCUGGCAUUCCUGCUGCUGCUAGUAAAUCUUUAUGGCAAGCACCAACUCGCAGUAUCUGGGAAAGGGAAUACAAUAUUCAUCUAGCAGAGUGGACGGAGAAAGGACUCACUAUCGAUGAACUUUGGCCAAUACCCGAGGAUAUGGAUGAACCUAGUAUUGCUAAACGGAGAAGACGAGUAGAUCACUGGCUAGAAGACAUCGAUGAAUUUGGGACCAUGCUUUAUGCGGUCACAGUUUGCACUCAUGGUGGAUAA